CCCGGCUGUCAUAAUAAAUAAUUUGCUUUAAGAUUUUUUUUCACAAAAAUCUUCAAUCUUUCUUUACAAUGUUAUUAAUUAAAAGAUCUUGUAGCAAUUUUCAGCGUAUUAAUUUAAUACCUAAAACAAAAGAGCCUGGGGAUUCAGUAGGUGUACGAGGUUGGAUAAAAAACAUAAGAAAAUUAAAAAAUAACAUCUUUUUGGAUAUAAAUGAUGGUUCAACAGCACAAAAAUUUCAAAUAGUUUUACCCAAAACUGAAGCCAUUAAAUCUAUAACGGCCGGCAGUUUAGUUAAGGCCAGCGGUAAAGUGCAGUUGGCUCCUCAUGGUCAUUAUGAAUUGCAUGCUCAAGAAGUGGAUGUGAUAGCUGAUGGUCAUUUAACGGAUGGUUUCCCUUUUUCUCCCAAACAACAACAUGCUCCUGAAUAUGUGCGAGAUUAUUUGCAUUUACGUUCGCGCAUAGAUAUUGUAGCUGCCACUAUGCGUUUAAGACAUAAGGCUCAAAAGGCUUUACAUGAUUUUAUGGAUGAACAUGAUUUUGUGCAGAUAAAUACACCCGUUUUGACCACAAACGAUUGCGAGGGAGCGGGAGAGGUCUUUACCGUAAAACCUGAUUCCCAGGAACUACUAAAACAAAUGUCUCGUCCUGAAGUAAGCUUGGAUCAUAGUUAUUUCGAUUCCCAGGUUUAUUUAACCGUUUCUGGUCAAUUGCAUUUAGAAUCCAUGUCUUAUGGCUUAGGCAAUACUUACUGUUUGGGUCCUGCUUUUAGAGCGGAAAAUUGUAAAUCUCCCCUGCAUUUAUCCGAAUUUUAUAUGUUUGAAGCUGAGCUAGUCUACCUGGAGCACAUACAGCAACUCUGUUCAUUUAUAGAGCGAAUGCUCAAGGUAACAACAAAACAAUUGCUUGACAAUAAUGCCCAAGAUGUGGAGUUUUGCCAGAAAAAGAAUUUGGGUGAAGCAGUGACAUUCCAUUGGCUAGAUCAAUCAUGGCCUGUACUCAGCUAUAAAGAGGCUUUGGCUAUAAUUAUGGAAAAUAAAAAGAAAUUCAAAACUGCCGUAACACCCAAUGAGGGAUUCUCAAAAGAACAAGAACUCUACCUGGUGGAACACUGUAAAAGUCCAGUAUUUGUGGUGGAUUGGCCGGCGAAUCAAAAACCCUUCUACAUGAAGCAAUCACGUGAAGAUCCUUCAUUGGUACAUGCUUUAGAUCUGCUCAUGCCUACAGUGGGUGAGCUGUGUGGUGGCAGUUUGCGUGAAAAUGAUGAAAAAAUUCUAAGGAACCAUCCUCAGUUACCUCAAGGUUUAGACUGGUAUUUGGAACUACGUAAAUUUGGCGGUCUACCAACUGGUGGCUUUGGCAUGGGUUUCGAACGUUAUUUGCAAUUAUUGACAGGUGUUAAGAAUAUUCGAGAUGUUAUAUCUUUUCCAAGAUAUCCUCAUAGUUGUAAAAUGUAAAUUGUUAUUGUACGUUUAUUAUUUUUAAGUAAUAAAUUGUUAAAAUGGAUUUUUUUUAUUUUACUUCAAAAUGUGAAAUUUUUAUAAUAAAAAAUGGACGUCAGUUAAAA